AUGCCAGAUAUUAUUUCUCAAAAAGAUCCUUUAUCAGCCUAUGAUACAAGCAAGUUAGAAAACUUCGAAAAUAAUUACGAUGUUAUAGAAUAUUUGACCAAUACUUCUUCUCUGUUGGAUAUAACCAUAGAUAAAUAUACCGAGAUUCAAUUGAAAGAAUUGAAUGAUAUGCAACUGAGUAGGUAUUAUGAUUUGAAGAAGGGUAGCGUUAGAAGACAAAGUAGUAUAAUUAGUGGCUCAGAAUAUUCAAAUUCUUCACCUAAAAAUGUCACUUUUCCAACCACAUUUCCUUUAACCCAAGCAAAUGAUAGUAAUAACAACAAUGGGGUAAUAGAUACAAAUGUUAAUAGUAGUAAUAAUUCUAUACAUACAGAGGUUAUUAAAUAUCAAGGUUUGAUGGAUCAUUUUCUUUCUUGUUCUCAGAAUAGCAUAGAACCUUACCAAGUGAAAAGAAAGUUGAGUAUACCUCUGUUAGGAAAAGUUAGAAAUAACCAUAGAUUAGUUAGUCCAGAUGAUGAGAAUACUAGCACUGAAAUAGAUCCGCAGAUAGAAUUUGAUAUAGAAACAAAUCUACUACAUCAAUUAAACAACUUCAAUUUUUCGAAAUAUACUUCAGAGAAUUCUCGAAAGAACAGUGCUAAUGGAGCAACUACCGAGGAAUCACAAUUACAUACAGGUGAUUCAUCGUAUCCGAUAAAUGCAGAUCUUAACUCAUAUCUUUCUAGUAGCAAGUUUCUCCAUCAAUAUACAGAUAUGCUUCAAAUGAAUUUUGCUAACUCAUAUAGAAAAUAUUACAAAAAAUUGUUAACGGUGAAUCCGGAUAACACAGACACUUUGAAAAAACAUAACUUAUGGAUUCCUAUGAUUAGAGACGACUGUAAGGAUCUGUUGAUAGGAGAUUAUAUUAAGAACAUCGAUAUAUACACUCGUAAGACAUGCCCAUUAUUCGUGAAAGGUUUAGAUUACAUACCAGCCAUGUAUGAUACAUUCUCUGGGUGUUCAGUUAUGAAAUCGGUCUUUUCAGAGUAUAAAUUUCCAACAUUAGUAUACCAUUGUUCCAUUACAAUGAAUAGACAAAUAUUCACAAUAGGUGGACUGAUGCCGUGUUAUCGAUACGACUCAGAAGCACCUGAUCCACAUAGGUAUUUUAUGGAACCUAUUAAGAACUUACCACCUCCCCUUUUACCUGAAAUAAUCAAUAACCCAAUUUUGGUCAACAAUCCAUAUCUAUACAUAUAUUCUAUUGAUUCGUCGAGAUUAUCCAGGGUAACGCCUUCAGGACAUAUUCCACCUCCAUUAUUAUGUGCUACUGCUUCAAAAUUAACCGAAACACAUAUUUUAUUCUAUGGUGGAUUUGAAAUUAAGACAGAAACUAAAUUUAAAAAUAAUGGGAAAUAUUAUUUGAAAAGAAGUGCAUAUUUAAAUAAUACUGUAUACAUACUAGAUACAGUUUCAUUGCAUUUUACAAAAGUUGAUGUUGUGACUCAAUCGUACAAGAAUGUUAAAUAUCCAACUUUUUCUGCUAGAUUUGGACACAUGCAAGUAUCUACCAAGGGUAUUAAAAACAUUGGUUAUCCAACAGACAUUGGAAAGGUUGAUAUUGGUACACCAACAGAAUCCUCUACAUCAAAUAACUCCACAAGGAGUAAUUCUGUGAAAAGUGAUGUAUCUGUUAAGAUGUCUCUGAAAGAAUCUUCAAGGUUCAUGUCAAAUCUAUCUAAUCAGGGUAUUGAUGUCUAUACUAUUGUUAUAUUUGGUGGGUAUAGACAAAUAGGGGAUGAUAAAUACGAGGCAAUGAAUGAUAUGUGGAAAUUAGAUAUCAAAGUUAUAGAGCGUGGCAAAAGAAACUUCCUAAAAUUUGCAGAUACUGUAAUUGCAGUUAAAAUACCAGGUAUAAAUAAUGCAGAAAAUUGGCCAUCAAUGAGAGCAUUUUUUGCCUAUGAUAUUCCACCAUUUAAUGUCACUAACUAUGAUACUUUACAAGAUAAAAUAUUAAAAAAUUUGGAAGAGAAUUUCGAGAUAGAGUAUCCAGAUUCCAGAGAACACUGGAAAACAAAUGCAGUGGAUACUAUAGAUUUCUCUAAUAUACAUAAUACACCGAUACGACAUUCCACAACAAACCAUAGCCGUAAAUCAUCAAUCACAUCGACAAUUUCUUCUGAGAGACACAUUGGCGCUACUGCUUCAAUUCAAAAGUAUCAAAGUACGCCAGUCGCUUCAACAACAACAAAGGCAAAUACAAAUAUAGCAUCAAACAGUAAUGAGAAAUAUCAGCAGUUUUUUUUUGCUGAAGGUAGCCCUCCAUUCAUGGGUGGAUUUUCCAAUUCUAAUUAUGUCGGCGGUAGAACGAUUGUCAUUCAUGGCGGUUCAAACAAUACUGAAGUAUUUGGUGAAUUAUGGUGUUUUAAUUUAGAUGAAGGUUCUUGGAAACGUGUGGAUACCUAUGGUACUAUAAUAAAUGACUUAAGAAACCCCAUUCCUGCACAGAUGAAACUUGUCGGUCAUUCUAUGACCUCGUUAGGAUAUAUGGCUGUUUUGACAGGUGGGUUCUCUGAAGCAGACGUUAACAGAACAUAUAAGACUACAAAGAUGGGAAUGGAAUCAGAAAUAUCCGGAAAUGAUGUAUCAAAUAGUAAUUGUCAAACACACGCAGUUAAAAAUAGUGUUAUCAAUAUAAUGGACUUGAGAUCUCGUUGUAUACAAGGCUGCGUAAGAUCGUCUAAUAGUCAAUUAGCUGUUACAUUGAAGAAUAAUAACUCAGCUGAAACAAAUCCUACAAUAUUCCAAAAAGAAACUUCACAAGAUAUUUCUAAAUCUCAUCUUAUUUCAAGUGUUGGUGGGACAGUUGUCAAAUCUGACGGCAGCUUAUUUUUAAUCGGUGGCUUAGCUGCUAGACGAAACAUAUUAAACAAAAUGUACAUGCAUGGGUCAAUAUUGGAAUUUGUGCUUCCAAGCAAAUCACUAAUAAGUUAA